AAACUAGCUGGGAGUUGUAGUCCUCUCGUCACUGCCUAGCAACCGCUGGCUGUGUUAGUGUUUCCAUGGCGACCACCGCGGCUGCCGUCAACGUUGUCACGAGUGACGUACCGGUUUGCUUUGACUCGCCGCCGCUAAAAACUUGUUCGUGCGUGUUUGUCGUCUUCUGUGUUCUGUUAGCGAGCAGCGGGAGAAUCUUAACUUGUGCGGAAGAGGAAAGUUAUGUUCGCGUGUGAAGCGUGUCCAUUUUGAAGGUGAAGGAAGGAAGCCGAGAAGAUGGACGGAACUCAGCAGGUCAGCCUGCAGGUGGCUGCUUCCUUCAAAGCUUUCCUCAUGAAGAGCAGCAGCAAGAGCAACUUAAACCUGUACGACCACCUUUCCCGGCUGCUGAUGCGCGUGAUCGAGGAGCGUCCCCACGACGUGGUGGACGUGAUGGAGGACCUGAGUCACGACGUGAAGCUGCGUCUGUACGAGGACACGCAGAGCACCCUGCAGGACCUCCAGCAGACCACGGCCGCCGAGGAGCUGGCCGAGCAGCAGAAGGUUCUCUUCGUCAGGCCCGAGGACGCACCCGAGCACGAAUUCGAGCUGGAAUCUGCUCUGCCCAACGUGAGCGAGAUUGCGUACUUCCUGGAGCAGGCGGGCGUGGGCCUGGGCCGCGAGGAGAUGCAGCGGGUCUUCCUGGCCCUCAAGCAGCUGGUUUCGUCCUACACCAUGCAGCGGUGCCGCCUGUGGGGCAAGAUCCUGGGCACGGAGAGGAGCUACAUCAUCGCCGAGGCCGAGUUCACCGAGGGCGAGGAGGAGGACGACGACGCCGCGGAGGAGGCGGCCGACGACGAGGCCCGAGAGGUCGACGCCAAGGAGAAGGCCGAGAGCGAGGUCGACCGCCGCCGGCGUCGGCCGCUUUCACGUUAUGGACCCACUCCCCCAGUCCACGUACAAAGCUCCCCCCGUGGUUCCCAAGGAGGCCAAAGGAACCGGAGCCAACAAGUUUGUGUACUUCGUGUGCAACGAGCCGGGCCUGCCGUGGUCCAAGCUCCCGUCGGUGACCCCGGCCCAGAUCACCGUGGCCCGCCAGAUCCGCAAGUUCUUCACGGGCCGGCUGGACGCCCCCAUCGUCAGCUACCCGCCCUUCCCCGGCAACGAGGCCAACUACCUUCGGGCGCAGAUCGCGCGCAUCUCGGCCGGCACGCAGAUCAGCCCGCAGGGCUUCUACCAGGCCAUCGAGGAGGAAGGCGCCGAGGAGGAAGGCUCCUCCGAGGACGGCAUCGAGGAGAACCCCGAGUUCGAGGGCGUCCCCGUCGGAGAGCUGGUGGACUCCUUGUCCUCUUGGGUGCAUCACACGCAGCACAUCCUGCAUCAGGGCCGCUGCACCUGGGUGAAUUUGGCCGUGAAGACGGAGGACGAGUCCAACGAGGAAGAGGCCGAGGAGAUCGAAGAGGAACCCGACGAGCCCGAGCCCGAAGUGGGACCCCCGCUGCUCACGCCGCUCUCCCAGGACGCAGAAAUCUUCGAGACGGUUCCGUGGAGCUCCAGCCUGUCGUCCACGCUCACCUCGCAGCACGCCGUCGCCGUGAUGCGCUCCAACUGCUGGCCGGGGGCGUGCGCGUACGCUUACGCAAAGUAAGUUCAACGCCUUCCUGCGACGGAGACGCCCUGCUACCCGAGGUGUGCCAGUAAGCGGGCGUGGGCCGCUAUCGGAUUCCGACGGGAUGAUUAGCUUGAGCAAAAAUAUCGCGGUAGGGCCGGGCGAUGAUACGCCAUAAAAACGGGGACCACGAUACAUUUUUUCGUAUCGGCCGAUCCUGAUUACGAUGACGAUUUCUUGACACUUUUUUUUUUUUUUUUUUUUAAAAAAGCAUCUCUACUGAAAACUGAAGAAGCAAGAGAGUCAUUCAACGUUUGAUCAACAUCCGAGAAAUAAAUAUUUGCAAAAUUUUACACAACAGUACAAAAAAAUGCAGGGAACGGUGAACUAGUUUAGUCUCGACUGAGUAUUUUGGCAAGUAUACGAGACCCGAAGUAAACAAAUUGAAAAAAUAAUGAAGAUGCCUUAAAAUGUAAACGCUAUCAUUUUCAAGUUAGAAUGCUACAUACGGUGUUCAUUACACUGGGGAACAAUUUGACAGAAACAUUAAGUUCGAUUUGUAUGCUGAUAAAAACUAAAAUUGGCAUGCUGAUUCCAAAAUUGAAGGCAGUUUUUUUCUGGCACGUCGAGUUUUUUGUCCACAGCUUGCCCUCCGGAUCAUCAAAAUUCCACUGAUGAGCUGUAGUGAGACUUGCCAGCUGAUUCCCAUCUACGGCUACGUGGCAACUUGCUCGCGCAGUCGCAACCGAGAGGCGUGCGCUACUAUCGACGUCUGCCUCCGGAAAGCUAGCAUAGUAGGAACGCUGAGGAUUUGUGCUGGCUUUUCUCUUCACCUUGUAACCAUGGCCAUACCGUAGUAACUUCUCUUUUCUUUUGUCGUUUUUCUCGUUUUCAAAGCUUGUAACUAUUCCAUCUUAAGUGUUUUAUUUACAUGGGUAUGUAUUUCCUUUGUUCCAAAACUUGACGUGAUCGAGAAAAACUGAAAUCGUCGGCACCCAAAAAUGAGUUCAAAACAGCUGUCGGACCGAACUCUUCCCCAGUGUUGUUGCUACUUGCAAAGGUGGAUGUUCUUUAACAACAAUACUGAUUGCGUAGUUUAAAGGUUAAAUGUAUGACAAAACAUUGAACGUGAUAAAAACUGAGGAAGGACUGAAUAGUGCGAUCCGACGUCGCGCACCGAGCCUUUCGCCCCCCAUGUGCUCAUGCAGGAAGUUUGAGAACAUCUACGUGGGCUGGGGACUGAAGUACCCGGGCGACGGCUACAGCCCGCUCCUCCCGCCGCCGCCCCAGAAC